AUGUACCGGGUGGAGUACGACGCGUCCUCUUUGUUUACGGAUCGCGGCCAGCAGGAUCAGUGGUGUCCUGUAGCUCCAACGCCAGCGGUCUGGACGGUCCAGACGACGAGAACGAGUGCAGUGUCGACCAGUGCUAUCGCGAGUGGCUUCUUCAAACUCGAGUUGACGCGGAACAACAUUGUGGAGUUGUCGGACCCGAUCCCUUGGAAUGCCGUUGCUGAAGCGAGUGAUGAAGCCAGCAGCGUCACGUCCUCCAGCUCGGGAGUCUUCUGUACAUCAGCUAGUACCCAAUGCACAAGCAGCAACGUCGCUCCGUUCGGCCAAUUGGAGACGUCGGGCUCGAUGGAGUCCAAACUGGAACAGUUUGCUCAGCUUGCGAAUGGAGUGGACGUCACGCGCAGCGCUGUGGCGACCGACGGAGGGUAUACCUGGACCAUCACGUUCCUUGACGGAGGGAACGACUUCUCUCUAGCAGCGAGAGCGAACAACCUCGCAUGUACCGGCACGAACUGCGCUGGUACGUACGAUGUUUUGGUGGGGCGGGUGAGGCCUGGCGUCAUGCCCUCGGCUUGUACCGGAAGCCACGUGAUGCCGACCUCCGGUGGGCUAAACAAAGGGCAACUGUACUACGUGCGCGUGUUCGCUUACAACCAGAUCGGCUUUGGAGAUCCGCAGCUAGCUUCAGCGCCCAUGAAGCCGAUGGUUGUUCCGGGAGCUCCGACAGGCGUGACCCUGGCCGUUCUAACAGUGUCGGAGUUGAUCGUGCUGUUUAACGCUCCUGACGAUGACGGAGGCGACACCGUUACGGGCUACGAAGUGCAGUGGGCUACUGACAGCGCCUUCACGUCUCCGAGCUCUGCGUCUGUGCAACUAACCACGGGUAUGAGCUCUCCAUACAAAAAAAUCAUCUCGGCUCUGACGAAGGGAACUCGCUACUUCGUCCGCGUCCGUGCGCGCAACUCGCAAGGCCUCGGACAGUUCCAAGUAUCGUCGCCAGCCUCGCAGCAGCCGUACACGACGCCAAGUUCCCCGACCCAAGUGGUGCUAGGCAUCACAAGUUCGACGAUGUUGACGGUCGGGUGGGCGCCACCUACGGACGACGGAGGCGACGUGAUAUCCGGGUAUGUGGUGCAAUGGGACGUGGCCGCCUCGUUCAACUCGCUAGCGACGGCAGGCAGCACCACGGCGGUCAUUAACGACGCAACGCAGCGGUCGUACACCAUCACACUGCUGACGCCUGGGACGCGCUACUACGUCCGCGUCUUCGCUCAGAAUCUCGGAGGCAAAGGCACUCCACAGACGUCGACACCAGCGUCUAUGGUGCCGGCAACAACUCGUCCUGGCAAGCCGAACUCGCUGGCUGUAGCCGCUACUGCUACAGCUGGCCAGUUGCAAGUUGUGUGGCAGCCACCGCGCGUCCCUGCCCAUGGCAUCCCGUGCGCCGGAACAAUGCAAGCGCCUCAGAGCUGCCCCAUUCUCGGUGGCUUGGACAUGGUGUACGGGGGUGUCAGCUUGGAGAGUUACCUCGUGCAGUACGCCGUCUCGAGUGACUUCUCUUUGGCUACGGAAGUGGGUGUCACCACCACGUCGGCGAUUAUAUCGGGGUUAAUCAGUGAGCAGCCGUACUACGUGCGCGUCUUGACAGUGAAUAGCCAAGGACUCAACAGCGACUUCUGCACGCGCGCUAAUGCCCAGGGUUUGCUCUGUCCGGACCAUUUAGUGCUGGAAGACGGCAGUGUCGUCACGGGAGAGUUUGUGUACGCUGCACCGCAGUAG